AUGUCAAACUUAGUUCAACAAUUUGUUGCUGGGUUAAAGUCGAGACAUUCCGAGGUACGGCGCAAAACAGCGAGGGAUUUAUGCUUGUAUGUAAAAACAGAACUGAGAGAACUACCCCAAGAUGAAUGUACAUCGUUUUUGGAUGAUUUUAAUCAUCAUAUAUUUGAAAUGGUUUCUGGAAAUGAUGUUAAUGAAAAAAAGGGUGGUGUUGAAGCAAUAGAAUGUCUAAUAACCGGAGAUAUAGUUAACACCACAACAAGAAUAUCUAGAUACUGCAAUUACUUGCGUAAUUUAUUGCCUUCUUCUGAUGUAUCUGUUAUGGAACGUGCAGCACAGACUCUUGUGCGUCUUGCUUUACUUCCUUGUUCUAAGGGUGCAGAAUCUGUUGAAUUCGAUUUAAAACGAGCUUUUGAAUGGCUAUCUGCUUCUGAAAGAAAUGAGGGUAAAAGGCAUGCUGCAGUAUUGGUUCUUAGAGAAUUGGCCCUUUCUAUGCCAACUUAUUUCUACCAGCAAGUUUCUGGUUUUUUUGAACAUAUAUUCAAUGCUAUUCGAGAUAGUAAACCUAUGAUCAGAGAAGCAGCUGGUCAGGCUCUUAAGGCUGGAUUAGUUGUCACCGCACAACGUGAAAGUGCAAAAUGUAGCACCAAACCAAUGUGGUAUAAUAUGUGUUUUGAUGAAGCAAUGAAAUGCUUUGAUGAAACUUACAUAAGGGAAAAAGGAUCUACUAGAGAGGAUCGCAUCCAUGGAGGAUUAAUUAUCUUAAAUGAGUUGUUAAGAUGUGGCAAUGCUACAUGGGAGAGAAAAUACAAUGCUUUGAAACAAAAGGUUGACCCUGAUUCACAAAAUCAAAUUGAUGAUGAUAGAUAUUUAUUUUCUGCAAAACCAGCUCUUCCUUUGACUGCACAGCACGGACUAAAUACAGUUAAUGUCACUGUUUAUGAAUCUGCUGUUUGUAGGCAACUGAUAACAGAAAAAUAUGAUCAGAUUUGUUUUAACGUAAUGCUUCAACGUAUUCCAAGACCUCUUCUUCUAUUAAACAGCUUAUUUUCUAUAUUGCCUCGAUUAGCAGCUUUUAAAAAAGAUAAAUUUGUUAAAGAUAACCUUAAUUCUACAGUGGCCUAUUUGCUGAUGAUAGUUAAAGGUAAAGAGAAAGAAAGGAAUUUAGCUUUUGUUGCUCUAGGAUUCAUUGCUAUCGCCGUUGAACAAGAUAUUAAUAAGUCAGUUCCAAAGAUAAUGGAUGCAAUUAAAGCAGCUUUACCAUCUAAAGAUGGGUCACUUAAGAGACGUAUAACAAUUGACCCAUCAAUAUUUAUAUGUAUCACACUUCUCUCACAUGCUGUUAAAGACCUUAUAACUCGCGAUAUAAAAGAUAUAUUAGAUUAUAUGUUUGCAACAGGUUUAAGUAAUUCUCUGACAACUUGUUUACGAGAAUUGGCACAAAAUGUCCCGCGUGUUAAGAAAGAUAUUUCAGAAGGCCUAUUGAGAAUGCUUUCUCAUAUUUUAAUGAAUAAACCAUUACUGCAUUUAGGCACUCCUAAACAUUUACUGGGUCAAUCUAUGAAUUCCAACUAUAAUGAUAAUCAUGAUAUAUCAAUAAUUGUUCUUGCCUUGAAUACUUUGGGAAGCUUCAAUUUUGAUGGACACAGUCUUUUACAAUUCGUCACAAGGUGUGCGGAUCAUUUUUUAAUUAAUGAUCAACAAGAAAUACGGUUGGAAGCUGUAAGAACUUGUUGUUGCCUAUUAAAGCUUGCAAUGGAUACAAGCAAAACCAAUCAAUCUGAUACAAUAGUUUCCACUGUUUCUGAUGUCUUGAAUAAACUGCUAACUGUUGGUAUGACUGAUACAGAUCCAGAUGUUCGGCUGCAAGUGCUAGCGUCAUUAGAUGAAACAUUUGAUUACCAUUUGGCACAAGCCGAAUCAUUGAGUGCUCUUUUUGUAUCACUAAAUGAUGAGGUUUUUGAAAUUCGUGAAUACGCUAUAUGCAUUAUAGGUAGAUUAAGUACAAUGAAUCCAGCUUAUGUAAUGCCAAGCUUGAGAAAAACACUGAUUCAAUUUUUGACUGAGCUUGAUUAUUCUGGUAUGAGCAGAAAUAAAGAACAAAGUGCUAGGAUGCUGAGCCAUCUCAUUUUGAAGGCACCAAAAUUAAUACAUCCUUAUAUGGAGCCAAUAUUAAAAGUCCUUGUUCCAAAACUGCAAGAAUCUGAAUCAAAUUCAAGUGUUGUGCUAAGUGUUUUGAGAGCCAUAGGCUACCUGGCAGAAGUUAAUGAUUGUGCUGAAGAACUGGAAAAAUGGAUGAAUGAAUUGCUUUCAAUACUUUUGGAAAUGUUGGGUGAUGCAAGUUCAUCGGAAAAGCGUAGAGUUGCAUUAUGGACUUUAGGAAAACUAGUUCGUGCCACUGGACAUGUAGUAGAGCCAUACACCAAAUACCCCAAUCUUAUGGAUAUUUUAAUUAAUUUCUUAAAAACUGAACAGAAUGUUGAAAUAAGGCAUGAGACAAUAAGAGUUCUGGGACUUCUAGGGGCCUUGGACCCGUACAAGCAUAAAAAGAACCGUGGAUUAAUAGAUGUUCAAAUUGAUUCUGCCUUACUAUCAUUAGCUGAUGGAAAAUGUGAAGAUUCUGAUUUAUCUACAAGUGAAAUGUUAGUUAAUAUGAGCUCUUCUUCCUCUUUAGAAGAAUAUUAUACAGCCAUUGCAAUAGUAACUUUAAUGAGAAUAAUUCGAGAUCCCACAUUGUCACAGCAUCAUACUAGCGUAGUACAGGCUGUAACAUUUAUAUUUCAAACAUUAGGAAUCAAAUGUGUGCCAUAUAUUUCUCAGGUCAUGCCCAGUUUGUUAUAUGUAGUAAGGACAGCAGAUAUAAGUUUUUUAGAAUAUCUGUUUCAACAACUUGCUAUUUUAAUAGCCAUUGUUAAGCAGCAUAUUAGAAACUAUUUAGAUGAUAUAUUUGCUUUAAUUAAAGAAUUUUGGACGCCUUCUAGUCAACUACAAAUUACUUUAAUUCAUUUAGUUGAACGAAUAUCUGUGGCCUUAGGGUCAGAAUUUAAAGUUUAUGUACCUCAAUUAAUGCCUCAGAUACUGAGAGUGCUGUCGCAUGAUAAUAGCAAGGACCGAAUUGUAACUGUAAAACUUCUGUUCGCUUUGCAAAAGUUUGGCAAUAAUUUGGAUGAUUAUUUGCAUUUAGUUUUACCAUCCAUUGUAAAACUGUUCGAUUCCACAGAAUAUUCUCUAGCUGUAAACAAAGCAGCUUUGGAAACAAUUGACCAAUUAGCUGAUAUACUAGAUUUUUCAGACUUUGCAUCAAGAAUAAUCCACCCAUUAGUCCGAUGCAUUGAUUCCACACCAGAGUUGAGGCCAAUAGCCAUGGAAACAUUAUGUUCAUUAGUUAUGCAACUUGGUCGCAAGUAUAACAUAUUCAUUAAUUUAGUUAAAAGAGUAAUUGCUAAACAUAAAAUCCAAUGCCAAAAAUAUGAUGUAUUAAUUAUUAAACUACAAUCACUUUCGACAAUGGUUAAUGAUGACGAUUUUCAAGUAAUGAAAUAUUCUAAGACCAAAAAUCGAAAUAGAGAAAUAAGUUUGACAUCAAGUGAUACAAGCACAAUCAAGAGACUUAAUGUGAAAGCAGAAGAUUUGAAAGUAGCCUGGACAGCUGUGCGCCGAGUAUCUAAGGAUGAUUGGCUAGAAUGGUUGAGGCGGCUAAGUAUUGGUUUAUUGAAGGAGUCACAAAGUCCAGCUUUGAGGUCAUGUAAAGCUCUAGCACAAAACUAUCCACAACUAUUGCGAGAUUUAUUCAAUGCAGCUUUUGUAUCAUGUUGGACAGAACUAUCGAAAACAAUGCAGGAUGAGUUAGUUGAAAACUUGGAACAAGCACUUACUGUACCUGAUUUGCCGGAAAUCACCCAAACAAUUCUAAAUCUGGCAGAAUUUAUGGAGCAUUGUGAUAAAGGACCUUUGCCUUUAAAUCGACAGUUGCUUGGGGAACGCGCCAUGCAGUGCCGGGCGUAUGCAAAAGCAUUGCAUUACAAAGAAGAAGAGUUUCAUCGAGGUGCAAGUUCUCAGGUGUUUGAGACAUUAAUUCUUAUUAAUAACAAACUUCAACAAAAAGAAGCUGCUCAGGGCCUCUUGGAAUAUAAAUAUAAUUUCUAAUACAAUACCAUUUCUUUCAUGCAGGUUCAAGUAAGAUGGUAUGAAAAAUUGCACAGCUGGGAGAAAGCCUUAUCCCUUUAUAAGGAAAAAUUGAAUGAAGUCCCAGAUGAUGGCGAAUCUAUUCUUGGACAGAUGAGAUGUCUAGAAGCUCUUGGGGAAUGGGAUGAAUUAGGGGGAAUGGUUAAAAAUCAAUGGGAUAAAAUGGGCAAUGAUGGUCGAAGUAGAGCAGGUCGAUUGGCUGCUGCUUCAGCUUGGGGUCUACAAGACUGGGAAGGGAUGGCUAACUAUGUCAAGUGCAUACCAGAAGAUACUCAGGAUGGAGCUUUUUAUAGAGCAGUUUUAGCAGUGCAUCAUGGUAAUUAUGCAGAAGCUCAGCAGCUUAUUGAUAUAACUCGAGAUUUAUUAGACACUGAAUUAACGGCAAUGGCUGGUGAGAGCUAUCAAAGGGCUUAUGGAGCAAUGGUGUGCGUACAAAUGUUAGCAGAAUUGGAAGAGGUUAUACAAUAUAAAAAGUUUCCAGAGAGAAGAGAUAUAAUUUUGGAAAUGUGGUGGCGCAGGUUGAAAGGUGGUCAAAAAUUAGUUGAAGACUGGCAGCGUAUUAUACAGGUGCAUUCUUUAGUAGUAAGUCCUCAAGAUGAUACAAGAACAUGGUUAAAGUAUGCUUCAUUGUGCAGAAAAAGUGGCUCAAUGAUGUUGUCUCAUAAAACUUUAGUGAUGCUUCUUGGCUGUGAUCCUUCUUUAACACCCGAUAAACCCCUACCUAUUGAUUUACCACAAGUCACUUUUGCAUACACAAAACACAUGUGGAUGUCUGGUCAAAGAGAAGCUGCCUUUGUUCAAUUGAAUAGAUUUGUACAAAAGCACUCGCAUCAAACAAGUUGUGAUGAACAAUCAAUGAAGGAAGAUAGAAGACUUUUUGCCAGGUGUUAUUUGAAACUUGGAUCAUGGCAAGAAUCUUUACAGGGUAUAACUGAAUAUUCUAUUCCUAAUGUACUUCAAUGUUAUGAAGCUGCCACAAGGCAUGAUAGGACGUGGUACAAAGCAUGGCAUGCAUGGGCGUACAUGAAUUUUGAAAGUGUUUUGUUUUAUAAACACCAAUCAGAACAAGACAAUAAUGGCACUGGAGAAAAGAAAACGGACAAAAAUAUGUCCCAAUUUAUAUCACAAUUUACUGUACCCGCUGUGGAAGGGUUUUUCAGGUCGAUCAAUCUAAGUGAUGGAAGUUCUCUUCAAGAUACUUUACGAUUGCUCACAUUAUGGUUUGACUAUGGGCAAUGUCCAGAAGUAUACGAAGCUGUUGUUGAAGGAAUUCGUUUGAUUGCAAUUAAUAUUUGGUUACAAGUUAUUCCACAAUUGAUUGCCCGAAUUGACACACCACGUGCUCUUGUUGGAAGACUGAUACAUCAUUUACUUAUUGAUAUUGGAAAAUCACAUCCACAAGCUUUGGUUUAUCCUUUAACAGUGGCUUCCAAAUCCGCUUCUGUUGCAAGAAGAACAGCAGCAAAUAAAAUUUUAAAAUCUAUGUGUGAACAUUCUUCAACUUUGGUGGAACAAGCAAUGAUGGCGAGUGAAGAGCUUAUAAGGGUUGCCAUUUUAUGGCAUGAACUUUGGCAUGAGGGUCUUGAAGAAGCCAGCAGAUUAUAUUUUGGGGAGCGAAAUGUGAAAGGAAUGUUUGAUACAUUGGAGCCAUUGCAUGCUAUUUUAGAGAAAGGCCCUCAAACACUGAAAGAAACUUCAUUUCACCAAGCCUAUGGUAGAGAUUUGACACAAGCUCAAGAUUGGUGCCGACGAUAUAAGGUAUCUGGAAAUGUCCGUGACUUAAAUCAAGCUUGGGAUUUAUAUUACCACGUUUUUCGAAGAAUUUCUCGACAAUUGCCACAGUUGACUUCAUUGGAGUUGCAGUAUGUCAGCCCAAAAUUGUUGGCAUGCCGAGAUUUGCAAUUAGCAGUUCCGGGCAGUUAUAUGCCUGGACAAGAUCUAGUUAGAAUUGCAUAUAUCCAAAGUAACUUACAGGUGAUAACAUCAAAACAGCGUCCACGGAAACUGUGUAUACGCGGCUCAAAUGGUAAAGACUAUAUGUUUUUACUGAAAGGCCAUGAAGAUCUGCGACAAGAUGAGAGAGUUAUGCAAUUGUUUGGACUAGUGAACACUUUGCUUCAAAACGAUCCAGAUACAUAUAGGAGGAAUCUAACAAUUCAGCGGUAUGCCGUUAUACCACUAAGCACGAAUUCCGGGCUCAUAGGCUGGGUGCCACAUUGUGAUACUUUACAUACUUUGAUAAGAGAUUACAGGGAAAAGAAAAAAAUUUUAUUGAACAUUGAACAUAGAAUAAUGCUACGAAUGGCGCCCGACUAUGAUCAUUUGAUGCUGAUGCAAAAGGUAGAAGUUUUUGAGCAUGCUUUAGAGCACACGCAAGGCGACGAUUUAGCCAGUUUACUUUGGCUAAAAAGUCCUAGCUCCGAAGUAUGGUUUGACCGACGAACGAAUUAUACCAGGUCGUUGGCUGUCAUGUCUAUGGUGGGUUAUAUUUUGGGACUUGGCGACCGGCAUCCCUCGAAUUUGAUGCUGGAUAGACUAAGCGGUAAAAUACUUCAUAUUGAUUUUGGCGAUUGUUUUGAAGUGGCAAUGACGCGUGAAAAGUUUCCUGAAAAAAUACCAUUCAGAUUAACCCGCAUGCUUAUCAACGCUAUGGAAGUAACGGGAAUUGAAGGGACGUAUCGACGUACUUGCGAAUCUGUAAUGUCCGUUUUGCAUAGAAACAAGGACAGCUUGAUGGCCGUUUUAGAAGCCUUUGUCUAUGAUCCAUUAUUAAACUGGCGACUGAUGGACAUAAUGCCUCAGAAAAAUAAAAGGUCGAAGAAUAAUGAGAAUGGAUGGAUAUCGACUGUUUAUGAUCAUAACGAAGGAGAUGUUUUAAGUAUGAACUUAAACAAGAAAAGCAUUGUUGCUAAUAGUCUGCAUGAGCACACAAGCGAAAGUUCACAGCCUGAAGCAGUAAAUAAGAAAGCACUGGCGAUUAUAACUAGAGUCAGGGAAAAGCUAACAGGGCGCGAUUUUAGCCACGAUGAUAGCGUGACGGUCAGUAAACAGGUCGACUUGCUCAUACAGCAGGCAACAAAUAAUGAAAACUUAUGUCAAUGCUACAUAGGUUGGUGCCCAUUCUGGUGA